AUGGAGGCGGAGGGAACCACGGGGAGUUCGGCUUCUCGGAGGCCCCGGUCGAAGAUGCUGGGAGAACAGCAUCACAGCUCCUUGCUAGUGGGCCGCAUCGUCGAGAAGGGAUUCUCUUCGUCCGCCCUGUCUGGCGCCCCCGCCUCCUCUCCCCGUCUUACUGUCCUCCCUUUCCCCGUCGCGCGCCACCGCUCGCAUGGCCCGGUUGGAACCCUCGAUCUUCUCCCCCGCCCCCUUCUCUUACCUCUCUGUAACGUCCUUCUCGCAGUGUGCUCCUCUAUUGAUUUCUGACUCUUCGACGUUCUAUUUUCUCACAUAGCAUUGGACCCCGGUGGCCACAACAAGGGGCGCGGAGGAGGAUGACGCAGAGGAGGAUAAGGAUAUCGUGGACUACGGGUUGGCCGCUCCACUUGUUCGGCCGAUGAAGAAGAUAGAGAAGAAGGGCCUAGAUUUCAGCCGCUGGAGGGAGUUGCUCGACGGGAAGCAUUCUACCUUUUCAAGCAAGGUGAAACAGAAGCACGAAUCAGCCGUCGUAUUGAAACCUGUUGACAAAGAAAUGGGAGAUGCUAUAGAAGCACCAGCAGCAGCAGCUGAGUUGGGUUUGAAGCGGAAGGAGACAGAUAGUAUAUUUUCACCUGUCGCAGAUACGUCUAUCUCUAGGGUAGACACCAGAGAUAGACGUACGAGAAAACAGGGGGAGAUAGAAUAUCAAUCUGUACGUCAGCCAACUUCCAUGGAUGUUGACUACGAGUCUUUGGAUUCUACGGUCCAACACCGAGGAAAAUUCUCUAUGAUGGAGGAUAUCAAUGCGGAGAAUUUAAUUCGUUUGGCCCAGAUGUCCCCCCAGGAGAUUGCUGAUAGUCAGGCGGAGAUAAUGGGGAAAAUGGAUCCAACUAUAUUAGCCAUGCUGAGGAAGAGGGGUCAAGACAAAAGAAGGAAUAUGAGAGCUACGCCUGCUGAGGAGAAGGGGAAAACUAGUUUGAACGGGGCUAACCUGGUUGAACGUGCCAAGAGUUCUUACCAGGAAGAAGCUGCCAAGCCUGAACGCUCAGAGAUUCCUCAGGAUGCAGCAAAUAGACAGUCCGAAACUACCACGAGUUCCGAAAAGAUGGAAUCUUCAGAUAUUAACAAUGAAUGGGCGCCAUCUGGUGUGGGUGAUAGCGGAUCAUGGAAGUCGUGGUGCCAAAGAGUGGAGAAGGUGAGGCUUUUAAGGUUCAGAUUGGAUGGUAAUGUCAUCAACGAUGGCAUCCCCAUGGAGCUAAAAAAUGGUAAGCUACACAAUCAUCAUCUUUUUCCAAAAGAGGAAGUUGAGGCUAUGCUUCUUUAAUUCAUACAGGUAGAGCGUUGGGCAAGGUUCCUUGAUCAAAAGAAGUUUCAAAGAAUAGUUAAAAAUCAACAGUUAUUUUUUAAUGCCUCCAGCUCCGGUGACUUAAAAAUACAUGGUUAAUACUUCUUCCGAACUCUCAAUCUGGAAUUGUUUUCCAAUAGUUGUUAUCUCUUCCCUCAAAAUUUGAUCUACCUUCGGUCCUCUUUCCACAGUAGAGUUUGGAUUUCCUUUUCAGCCAGGGCAACAUUUGUGUAUGUUGAUAAUCUCUAAAUCCUGUUACCCGUUUUCUUCUUAUUAUCUGUGGGUUACUUGUGAGCUGACUACAAUCCUAGUAUCCUGUUAUCUCAACAUUUUUGCUUACGAAUUUCAACAGUCAUUAUGAUCUCUUUUCCUCUCAAUCAAAAAGCUAAAUGUGAAAAAUGCAUUUUUUCUGGACUUUUUGGUUGUUUCCGUGGUAGUUCUAAUGAUUGAAUGUAUUUACAACGUCCUGUUAAUCACAGGACACCAUUCGUUAUGAGGAAAUCUUGUCACCAUUGAUGAUUCUCUCAACCAGAUUGUGUGGUUGUUAAUGUAUUUAAAUAUAUACUCUUUCAAAUGUUUUCCAGCACAGGGAAUCUUAUUCAGACUGUACGGUUGCAUUUUCUUUGAUCUGGAUGUGUUAUAUAGAUAUUUGAAAAGUUUGAAGUGAAAAACUGGCUGAUUGUUUUCAUUUAUGUGUAGGUCUCAAUACCAGCUUCAGUCAAUAUAAUCCAGAGAAUGUUGCUGAGCGUGACUUCCUGAGAACUGAAGGUGAUCCUGGUGCUGCAGGAUACACAAUUAAGGAAGCCAUAGCACUGACUAGAAGCAUUGUAAGUUUGUUUAUUUUUUUCAUUGGCCCUUUUUAAUUUAAAAUUCCAUUUCAUAAAUUUAUAAUUACACUAUAGAUGGGACGUCUGGGUAAUUCUGGGGCAAUGUUGGUUCUUUAUGUUUUUUCUUUUGAGUCUGGAUGGAACUGUGUCAGAAUAAUAUACUUUAUUGUAGUGUUGGGUUUUUGUGGUCAACACAACACUAAUAUUCUAAAGUGGUUAUUGAUAUAAAAUUUAAUGUAGAGUUUUAAGGCUCAAAUGAUCCAAAAAUAUGGACCCAUGCUUCUGGGCUAGGUUGUCAUUAUACAAUGAAGUAAAAAGGCAAGAUGCAGAUUUGUGAAAGGUAUCGUCUGCAAAGCUCUGGAAGGACAGACGAUGUGUCAUCACUAAGACCCUUUUACCACUUUUUUGUUUUGUGCACUCCAAUCAACCAAAUUGGCUCUACUUAAGAGAAAUUUUGUACUUUUAUAAUGACUUAUGGAUAGUUGUGAACAUUCAACUAUUUAUACUGUUAUGUGGCCAUUGCAGCACUCAGCAUCUACCACCAACUACCUUGGCUACUUGUUUUCAAAAAAUUAUUCUUGACUAACUUUAAGACGAAAUGUGUGAAAUGAACUCAGACAAGAUGCUGAGUUUUUCUGUCACUCAAACAGUUUUGAUCUCAUGUCUUUGUACUUAUCCAACACUUUACCUGAUUCUUUUAUUUUUAGGUUACUGUUUUUUAAUUCAAAAUUAAAGAUGUAAAUAUCCGUUUUCAAGAUUCAGGCGCUUCAGUAUUUCUAGAAUCUCCAAAAAUGCCAAUGUGAAUAUCCGUUUUCAAGGUUCAGGCUUCAGUAUUUCUAGAAUCUCCAAAAAUGCCAAUGUGACAAACUUGUUGUUUUUACUCCACUCUUGACUGAACAGAAUUGUGAUAUUGAUGGAUUCCUGUGAUCUGCUAUCAUCCAUGCAUCUACAGUUCUGAGAUUCAACAACCAUAUUAUGAAUUAGAGAGAGUGGGGAUAAUUGCAGAGCGUGCUCCACAUGUGAAAUUGGUAUAUACAUAUACACACUCACACAUGCGUGCGCACACCCACACAAACGCAUAUGUAUAAAUAGCAAACACGCAGGUUCAAUAACCUGAAGAAAGGCAAAAAGGGAAGUAAAGAAAACAGAGAAAGAAUAUAAGGAAUAUGCUAUUCUCUGAACAGUUCGAUUUUGUGUUUGUGUUUCAGAUCCCCAGUCAACGUUGCUUUGCUUUGCAACUCCUCGCUUCUGUCCUUCAUAAGUGUCUGCACCACUUGCAACAGAAAGAGGCCGAUUCUAACCUCUCAAAUGCAAACUGUUCUCAUGAAGCUGUUGAUUGGCAGGCAAUUUGGGCAUAUGUCCUCGGUCCUGAACCGGAGAUUGCUUUAUCAUUAAGGUGAAUACAGAACAGUUUAUUUUUAUUUAUUUAACAGCUGCCAGUUAUUUGGUGUUGUACUCCUUUGAAAUUGAGACCGGCUGGUAACUCUGGGAAGAACAGAGUAGUUGCACGAAUUAUCUCAUAUGCUUGUGAUGCAUAUUCUAAUGUGACAAAAGAUAUGGCUAGAAUAUAAUAGAUCUUUGUUUGUUGGUUAGUGGACUAUCGACACAUUGCAUUAUAAACCUUUUUUUCUCCCCAAAAGGCACGCUAAUUCCGUGUAAAAUUUAAGUUAAAAAAUGAAACCAUAUUUAGAUUUCCUCACCACAAUUUUCUCUCUUCAUUUUUCGAAUUUAUUUUUAUCUCCUUUCUCAUAAAAUUGUGACAGAAAGAGAGAAGGGUUGACAUUGGCUUGUGAUCAGAUAUUGGGAAAGAGCGGGGGAGGGCAAAUGAACCGUUUAUGUGGAAUUAACUGAUUCGAUUUAGAUGGAUAACUCGCAUGGGAACUUUCCCAAAGAAAAACCUGGAUGGGGAGUUUGUGCCUGACCCUUUUAUAGUUUAAAAAAUGAGAGUAUUAAGAUUGAGUCUAUUGAUUUAUCAAACAAGGUCAACCAUAGUCAGUUGAGUUCAACCAGCUUGUCUGAUUUUGGCUAUUCCAUGCCAUUUACUUUUGCAUUACAGUGACUUGUGUAAAAGGAAUUCAGAUCUUUCGCCAGCUUUUACUUUAAGUUAGGGACGUGAACAAAUAUCCUCUUACGGGUUAUAAAAGCAUCACUUCUUUGUUGAAUACUUUUUGCAUCUACAUCAGCCCUUGUCUUCCAGAUUAGGGUUAUCCAAUCCUAAUCUACAUAGGAUUAGGUGUGACCAGCCUGUGUUACUGUCCUGUUUCUGCAGACGGUGGAGGAAAUGGGAAGUUUUGUGGAAGGAAGAAAUAUUUUAAAAAACUCGUGCAUAGAAAGAAGGAAGUAUGGGAUGAAAAGUCUAUUAUACUCUACCCACAUUUUAGCAGCGGAGUACCAGAUACUGCCACUUAGACUUGGCCCUCUUCCUUCCUAUUCUCUCUCUCUCUCUCUCUCUCUCUCCCUCUCUCCCUCUUCUCUUUUUCUCCUCCCUUCAUUUGGACCCCACCUUGCUGACAUGAUCCUGAAAGUCAGAAUGUGAUAUGCAUAUACCAAAGAGUUGCGUUUAGGUCCCACUUUUGGGAAAACAUUCAUGACUUUGCAUUGUUGUCAUUUGAUUGGAUUUUGGCAUCUUUCACAUUUUGGAUUCUUUUAAAUCAUCAGAAUUUCAAAGUGCACUAUCAAACGAUUUAUUUACUUAAUAGUGAUUAGGUGACACAUUUGACAAGGGAAAAGUGGCUCAUACCUCAUGUGACAUUUUUUUAAUGCCACAUAUCUUUGCUAUGGUCAGGGGCUUGUUUGAGGUGCAUUCUGGAGAAAAUGCAUAGUGAUAAAUGAGGCAUGCUGACAUGCAGUUAAGGGGUUGCCUUUUCUUCACUUUCGCCUCUUUGAUGUAUUUUUAAUUUUGUACUUUGUUUGAUAUCUUUAGUGGUUCAGUGCAAUAGUACAGAAUCCCCAUGUUUCCAGGGGCCAAAUAAAUAAAUCCUUUGAUCAAAGCAUUUUAGUUGUGCACUUUCAUGAUUUCAGCGUUCUUAUUCAAUAUCUUUAAUGAACUAAUUAAAUCUAUAAUUGUACUGAAUGAUAAUGUUCAAUUACAGUGUAUAUUUCAUUUUCCGCCCUAGAGUUUGUGGUUUUGACUUUUUUGGACUCCAUUGACAGGAUCUCUUUGGAUGACAACCAUAAUUCUGUCAUUCUGGCUUCUGCAAAGGUUUUUCAAUCCAUUCUGAGCUUUGAUGUGAAUGAGUUCUACUUCAAUCUUUCAGAGGUAGAGUCAUGCUUCCCUCUUGCUCUCCCUUUUUUACAACAUUUAUGCAUAAAGUAUGUUAUGAAAAUGAUUGGAGCUGAUUUGUACCUCCAUUUUCAGAAAUUAUGUGUCUAUGAGAUAGAUGUUUACACUGCACCUAUAUUUCGUAGUCGGCCAGAUAUCAAUUUUGGUUAUCUUCAUGGUGGAUUUUGGAAGUACAGCUCAAAACCUUCAAAUAUCCUCCCUUUCAACGAUCAGUAUGAGGAUGCUGAUGAUGAAGAAAGACGUACAAUCCAGGAUGAUGUUGUUCUGGCUGGACAAGAUAUAGCUGGUGGUCUAGUAAGGAUGGGUAUACUCCCAAGAAUAUGCUAUCUUUUAGAGGUAGGCAAUUCAAUUCGAUAAAACUCAAUGAUUUUUUAUAAAUAUAUGUUUUUCCUCUUUUCUGACGCAUGCUCCAAGUUCUACUGUUAUCUCUUCUUUCAGUUGCCUUCUGAACAAUGAAAAUGUGGUUUAUUUACUAUUCAAUGGUCAUGGACCUGGAUAAGAUCAUGUUUUAGAUUUAAUGUUCGAAAUUUUAGACCAUGCUUUGGCUAGUGGUCGUUUUUUAUAGUUACAGCUGUAUUAUGAUAUGCAUGCCUUCGUAAAUGCAUUAGUUGCUCAAAAUGCAUUGAAUGCACGUAUAUUUUUGUAAUGUUUCUUCACCUGCAUGAUCUUUGUAUUUUAAAUUGCUGCUUAGACGUUUUUACAUAUAUUUUUUUCUGUUUCUUCCUCUGCAUACUAUGACUGGGUUCAUUUUUGCCAUCCGGAAAAUUCCAUCAAAUGAAGUUUUGCAACGGAAACUGCUAGAGGUUUAUUUUUAAGUGCUUUUAUCCCCGACUUACUGGGAUACUUUUGUAUAAUGUUUAUCGUGUGACAAAUUAGUACGUCUUUAUCUAUGGCUGUCUCUUUUUAAUUUCUCAUUUCUGCUGUAUUCUUAGUGUUAUUGAAUUUCAUGCCAAUGCAUGUGUAGGUUAUUGAUUCUGAAGCUGCUUCUAUGAUUACUGUGUUCUAAAAAAACGUAGUUAAACUAUGAUCAUGCUGACAUAUGAACUAGCUUUAUUUUUAAUUUUAUUGCAAAAUUCUGCGUCUAUAUGUACACUUAGGUUUUACCAUGGUCAUUGUGACAACACUGGGAAGAAAAAAAAAUCAUGAUUCGGUAAUUGUUAUUGGAUUUGGUAGAUGAAAAUGAAAUACAUGUAAAGGCUGACCUAUGAUCAAUUCAACAGACAUCAGUGUCAAAGUGUUGACAUAGUUAUGAGAAAGAGACUGGAUUAUGUUCCGGGUUGUUUUGCGCAUAAUUAAACUGACAACAGUGGGUUUCAUUUUUUAUGUAAAACAUAUUCAUUCAAUGGAUGUCAUAUCGAUUUUUCUGCUUUAUACUCAUAGUCUGAUCGCAGUUGUAUGAUCUAGAUAUGUAAUUUUCGAAUUGACGAAAUACUUUGCAUUUUAUGUAAAAUGUUAUUCAUAUGUUAAAAUUAAAGGAUGACCUGCUAAUGAAUUAAAUAGUGAGGGUAUAACCGAUAUGGCCAAAUCCAAGAUGUUUUUAAUUUUAAUAGUAAGACACUUAAUAUUGACACCAUAAACUUUAGAUUUUGGUGAUAAGAUAGUUCCAUAUUGACUAUACAGUAGCAGAAACUCAUGGAAAAUGAAAGUCAAUGCACACCAUCAAUGUAUCUGAAUCAUUUGUCAAGAUAAUAGCUUCUGACCUCUUCACGCCAGUUCCUAAGAUUUGGAUAGUUCUUGCUUAUGUCACUGGUUGUAGUUUGCCUUUCAUGAAUAACAGAAUAAUGAUGACCUUGUUUUGGUUGGUUUAUGUGGCCUUUCAUUUCUUUGAUUUUUUUUGCUCAUUAAGAUGUUAUGUUAUUCACUCAUAUUUUUAUUCGUUCAGGUGGACCCCCUUCCUACUCUGGAUGAAUGCCUUGUCUCUAUCCUUGUUGCAUUGGCCAGACAUUCUCCAUCAUGUGCAACAGCUAUUAUAAAAUGUCCAAGGCUGAUUGAAACUGUUGUCCACCGGUUCACUAAGCAUCUUGCGGUCGACGUUCACCCUUCAAUGAUAAAAUCAGUUGUCCUUCUAAGGGUAAUUGUCAGAACAUAUUUAUCCUGUUUUCAUUAGCCUUUCUCGUUUAUAAUAUUGUUCUGAGGAGGUUGCAUUAAUAUUUUGGGUCCUCGAAUGUGCCUGUUUAUGUUAAGGACUCUCAUCAACCCUCCGUGUAACAUUCCUUGGGUAAUGUUGAUGUCAACUAUUUUUAGGACUUAAGCUACCUCUCUUUAUUACUGGAAGUCGCAAUUUAAUGCCAUUUAUUUCGGAAAAUUGGCUCAAUUUAUUUCCUUGACAAGGAUAUGGAUAUGUGCAUUUUUUGGCAACUUUUUCCUGGUUUCUUUUUUGUGCAAGUGCAUAUUUGUUGGGAUAAAGCCUGGAAUAGAUUUCAUAGUUCCAAAGGUGCAUUGGAUCACACUUCCUAAACCAGUAACGUCAGAACUACUUUUUGCUUUCCUUCCCGUUGCAAGCUUUAAUAAAGUUCGUGCGGAUGCAGGGGUAUGUUGUCCAAUGUUAGCUGCCCUCCAUUCGACUAUCAUGUAUUGAUAUUCUUAUUUCUACUUCGUUGGUAUGAUAUUUUCUGUUGCCCUCGUGUAGUCAGACAUAUAGUUCAUAUUCCUCAUGAGCUUGCAUUUUGCUCCCUACAGCAGUAUAGUCAGAACCAUCUUCAGUCAAGUUUGUAGCCGUGAAAUGAUAUCUUGUCUGAUGUCAGCUGCCCUCCAUUCAAAAUUUAUGAUAUCAUUCUUGAGCAAAGAGACCGCAUUGGGACUAUUAUGUGUCGUUUAGGAGUACCGUGCCCUCACAAAUCUGCCAAACUGUACAGAUGUAUAGCACAAUGCAUAAUAGUAAAUUUGAAUUAUUUUUUUUCUUUCAAUCAUGUUGAGUACACCGAGUACUUUGCCAAAAUGGAAAAUCUAGCCUUAUUUUGUGAUGUAGUUUAUGGCAAAUUAAUUGUAGCUAUGUGAGUUCUGAAUGUCAAGGAUGUUUUCCAUGCGGAUUUUCAAGUUUGGUGUCAUUUUGACGUACGUAGUGAUGAAUAGUCCUUGCGGUACCUUUAUAUGUUUCAAUUUUCAUUGAUUAUGUAUGGAAUAGUCUUGAGGGGAUUGUUUUUCACAUGCAGGUCUUGUCUCAAUCUGACCGGCAACACUGUUCAGAGUUUGUGAGGUGUGGAUUCUUCCGAGACAUGAUGUGGCAUAUGUACAGAGGUCCAAUUUCCCUUGAUCAAUGGAUUAAAUCUGGAAAAGAACACCGUAACCUCACUUCCUGCUUAAUGGUUGAACAACUACGUUUUUGGAAGGUCUGUAUACGUCAUGGCUAUUGUGCCUCUUACUUUGACGAUUUUUUCCCGGUGAUGUGCACAUGGUUGAACCUGCCCACACUAGACAGACUGGUUGGGGAAAACGUCCUUGAGGAGUUUGCCCUGGUUACACGGGAAGCGUACCAUGUCUUGGAGGCACUUUCUCAUCGGCUGCCUAGGCUUCAUUCAGAGGUGCAAUUGGAGAGAGAGGUUUCUGAAUUUCCUAAUGACAUGGAAUCUUGGUCGUGGAGUCGAGUGGUUCCGAUGGUUGAAUUGGCUACAAAGUGGCUAUCCUUGAAAACCAGCUCUCUCAUGCCAUUUAUUCUACCCAGGGAAGAGAACAGUGUUAGUAAUGAGAGCAAUUCAGCUGCAAACUGCAUCCUAUGGGUUAUUUCAGCUAUAAUGCACAUGCUUUCAAGUAUAUUUGACAAAGUCAUCCCAAAGGAUAGCUUAGGUCAUGAAGAAGGUACUGCUGCUGUCUUGCCAUGGUUGCCUUUCUUCAUCCCUAAAGUGGGCCUUGAAAUUGUGAAAAAUGGAAUUUUCGACUUUGCCCAUCCAAAUGGCAGAGUAGACAAAGGAGUGCCAGGCGGAAAUAUGUCACUUGUUAGCGUGCUCUGCCAGUUGAGAACCCAUAACGCGUUAGAAACAUCGUUUUCUUCUGUAAGCUGCCUUCAUGGAUUAGUCCGACUGGUUAACUCAGUUGACAAAUGCAUUCAGAGUUCCAAGGUUUUUUCACUUUCCGGUCAGUCAUUACAAGAAGACUAUUCAGGCACAGAUGAUAAGGUACUUGAAGAUGGCAUAUCCAAAGGGGCUCUUACCGAACUCUCUAGGGUACUUUCGUUGUUCAUGACCUUGGCUGCUUCGGGAUGGCAGCAUAUGCUCAGAACUGAAGUGUCAGGCAGAGGAGGGCCGGCCCCUGGGAUUGGACUUGGCUGGGGUUCAUCUGGCGGAGGCUUCUGGUCUACCAAGUAUUUGCUCGCACAGGCUGAGGCACACCUUAUCAUGAGCCUUUUCACAACCAUUCCGAUUGUUCCUGGCAAAGAUCCGACCCUUCUUGGAGUGACGAGUCCAGUAACUGAUGGCUCCUCUGAAAUGGCCUUUGCUCUUCCGAGAAUUAAUGCUAUACUUGGUGUUUGUUUGAUUUCAGGACCAAGAGAUAGAAUUAUAUUGGAGAAGGCAUUAGAUGUUUUGCUUCAAGCUCCAGUCCUAGAGUUUCUGGGUUUCUGUAUUGAUCAUUUCAUUCACGUUAACAGAGGUCUGAAAUCAUUUCGGUGGCAAUAUUGCUAUGAAGAUUACCGAUAUUUUAGCAAUAUGCUAAGUUCGCAUUUCAGAAGUUUCUGGCUAAGCUUUAAGAGUAAAUCCUCUAGCAAAAGAGAUGACAGCAGUACCAAAGGUAAGUCAUCUGAAAAGCAUGAUGCUCUGGGAACCAUACCUGAAGACAUGGAAACAUCAGAAGUUGGAAGCAAAUAUCCAGAUGCUUGUUCUUUGCAGGUAGAGUGGGCGUAUCAGAGGCUUCCACUCCCUGCGCAUUGGUUUCUGAGCCCACUUUCAUGCGUCAUGACCGGUGGAGAUGCCAAUAACCCCAGUUCCUCUUAUAGAAAGACGAGUGACAUCCGUUCUUCAGGUGAUUGUCUUGAUGUUGCAAAAAGUGGGCUUCUUUUCCUCCUCGGUCUGGAAGCACUGUCCUACCUUGCAGACUCGAUGGAUUCUGAUUUCCCCGUGCAGGCUGUACCUUUAAUUUGGAAAUUGCAUGCCUUGUCUAUGGUACUGCUUGUAAGAAUGGAAACAGCGGAUGUUCUUGAAGAUGCCAAAAGCAGAGAUAAUUAUGAAUGCUUGCAAGAAUUUUAUGGGCAGAAAAUUGACCAGUUGAGGCUUCAAAAUGGAAGAUCAACCCAAGCAAGGAAUCAUAAUGCAGAAAGUUCCUCAGAGUGCCCCUCGCUGUUGGAAGCAGGGAAAAAUCAUGAACCAGAAUUUCUCAACUUCCAAACUCAAGUUCAUGAGAGCUAUGCAACAUUUAUUGAGACCUUGAUUGAGCAGUUUGGGGCUGUAUCGUAUGGCAACGUACUUUAUGGCAGGCAAAUAGCACUUUAUUUGCAUCGCUCAGUUGAGGUUGCUGUCAGGCUUGCUGCAUGGAAUUCACUUGUAAACAGUCAUGUCCUUGAACUCUUGCCACCACUGGAUAAAUGUUUUGGUGAAGCUGAGGGAUAUCUAGAACCUGUUGAGGUGAUGGUUAUCUUUUUUUAAUGUACCAAUGCCUUACAGAUAUUUCUCAAAAUGUGUUAUAGUUUACCACUUUUCGUAACAUCUCGGGUUUUUCUUUUCUCCGAGUCAAUCAUGCUUUCUUUUAGAUCAACCAUCUAGGUAACAUGUGAUAUUCGACUUUAUUAAUUCUCGACUUCAAUGGUUUUUCAUCUGCAUUGUGCUCCAAUUAUGGCAUAUACUCUUCAGAUUGUAGUCGUGACUGUCUUUUAGCCGCAUAACACCAAAAGGGCGUUUGUAAUUUCUCGAAACAAACCUAUACGAUGGCAAGAAAAAUUUUCCAUCUCAGAAAAAUUACUUGAAACAUCCUGAGCAAAUUCCUUCUGUUUCUAUGCUUUGAUUUUGGUUACAUGUAAAACAUCAGAAUUAAAGAGCAGCAAACUUCAAUGAAUAUGCCGGUGUGGGCACGUGAGAUUUCAAUAACUGUUAGUUCACAAAGGUUUCUCUUAGUUGGAUUUCAGACCCAAACGUCGUUGUCAAUAUCUCAUCUGGGUUCUUGGUUGACAACCCAUUUUUUAUUUUGGGGCAUUUUAGCUCUCUUCCAUGCAUUUUGGUUAUUUUGGGCAUUUUGGCAUUAAACGAGGAGAGCCAUGAGCCCGAUUCGCCUGCCUGUUCUGGCAGAACGCUGUUUAUAGCUGUUCUGGCAUUGAAUGUGCUGUGGUUGUGCAGGAUAAUGAAGGGAUUUUAGAAGCUUACGCCAAAACUUGGGUUUCUGAGCCUCUAGACAGGGCUGCAGCUCGGGGAUCUAUCACUUUCGCGCUUCCUAUGCAUCACCUGUCCUGGUUCAUCUUCAAUGGCAGCUCAGACAAAGUACCCUUUCGGAAUAAAUUGGUGAAGUCCCUCCUGCGUGGUUAUUCACGUAAACCGCAGCUAAAGGUAAACCAGGCAAAUCUCUGCGAAAGCUUUUAGUAGAUUCAAUGAUUUUCUUACACAGACGACGCCGGCUGACAUCUCUUUGCUCCCGCUUCUCUCAGAAAAUGCUUCUCUGUCUCAUCCGAUAUGAAAGGCCCAAGCUCCAAUGUGGCCACGACAGUGAAGUCACACCUCUUCAGGAAUCGGAGUCCAUCAGGAGGUUUGACAUACUGUCCGCAGCUUGCGAGGGGAAUUCCUCCCUUCUUUGUGAACUGGGCAAGCUGAAACUUCCCUGA